UGUCAUGUCACUCGCUCGUUACUCAUUCUUGUUCGUUCACUGCUGAUUGAUUAUUUACUAUUGUAUUAUUUUGAUUUUGUUGUCAUAAUUUUGCGAUUACAGAAAUGAAAGCUAUGAUAUUUUGAUAACACGUUCAACUUAAGAGUGAACAAUAAUUCAUUUGCAAUGAAACAUCGAAGGCGGUGACGAUUGUGAAGGUUGUUAACAAGUAAAACUUAUUGUUUAAUGGGUUGUGCCGUGUCGUGCGUCAACCGAGCGACAAUGUCGUUGUUUGGAAGACAGAAUAAUGAUAAUGAUGCUCGAGCAAAACUGGAAAGGAAGUUAUACAUCGCCAGGGAAUCACCAGAACCGGAUUUUGAUCUAUCAGAAUGCCAGCUCCGCCAAGUACCCUCCGGUACUUAUUCGAUAUGCAAAGUGUACCGAAAAGAACGUUUGUAUUUGCAUAUUAAUUGUCUACACUCAUUAGAAGAAGGAGGUCAAUUGUCAGAUUUGUACCUUGUUAAGGUAAUUAAUCUUAGCAGUAAUAGAUUUGUACAACUACCCAGUGAUAUUAGAUAUCUGGUAAACCUGACUGAGCUGUACAUUCAAGAUAACCACAUAAAAGCACUUCCUGAGAAUAUACAGUAUAUGCAAUCAUUACAAAUAUUAGAUGUCUCCAAGAAUCAGCUUCAAAGCCUAACACCAGCCAUAGGUAAACUAAAAAACUUGAGGAAACUAAACCUCAGCGAAAACAAAGAUUUGUAUGAACUCUGUCCAGAAUUAUGUUUAGCUUCUAAUCUGACAUCACUAGAUAUAGAUGGUGAACAGUUUUUAUUCCCUCCGUCUGAUAUUGCCAUACAAGAUACUGCAGCUAUUAUGAAAUUUUUAUGUGAUAAAAUGAAUAUAGAUUAUAACCCUCCAAUAUCCAUAGACCAGGACAUGCCGACUGUUCAAACUCCUUCCAUGGUGCUAGAUCCAUUUGCCAGACGUAAUACACUGACAUGGGAGGAGCAAGAGGCUGCCAUCAUUGAACAAGAGAAUAGACUACACAAGGCAGCCAAGGAACAAAGAGAAAAGUUUUUAAAUACAAUAAUACAGGAACAGAUGGAGUUAGAUAAUGAGAUAGCUAAAGUGCAUAUGGUAAAAGAAAUAGACAGACAAAAACUAAUAAAAGCAAUACAAGAAGAUGAAAAAGAAAUUGAAUGUUUAGUUAAGAACUUUAUACAAUCUGACUAUUUAAAACCAGAAAUAAUACAACAACAACUUGCUUACGAGCAGGCUGAGCAUGACAGGUUACUUGAGAUUACUAGGCAAAACUAUGAUAAUAUCAAAAAGGCUGAUGUAUUAAGGGCAAUGGAAAUGCUCAUCGAAGAAGACUAUGCAGUCAGACAUUCCAAGAAAUAUUAUGAAGAUUCUCUGAAUAAUGUGAAACAAAGCAUGCUUAUGCAGGAUUUAGAAGUAAGUGGAAAACUGACUGAGCUAUUAAACGCCAAAGACCAAUCCCGCACAGCUUUAGUGGAACAGCUAUUAGAAGAUCAGGACAUUCAAAUGGCGAUUGUAGCUUCAUUGUUAGAAAAGGUUGAUGCAAAAACAUGGAGUUUGAAUCAGGAAAUAUCAUUGAUUUCUUCACAUUUGGCACGGUUAAGUGUUAUAGAACAAGAAAAGAAAAGAUUGCAAAUAGCAUAUAAUUAUAAUGAGUUGCUUCACCAGAGAAUACAAUUGGUUAACUUAUUAGAUGACCUUUUUGGUCAACAGAAUAAACGGCGAAAACAACUUGUUGAAACUUUAAAGGAAAUGGAUAGUGAAACUAAUAAAUCCAACGAUUUUUGGUUAAAGAAUUAUCAGAAAUUAAUGGAUUCUGCCCCAAGAACUUUAUUGGAUAUUGGAAAAAGUUUGGACCCUAUCCUAGCUAAUUACCUCUUACAGGAAGGUGUAAUACAUUGUUUGCCAUUCUUGGUCAAGUUUUUGUUUUCUGGAGACUCUUUAUUGAACAUCACUAAAGAAGAACUAAAGUCUAGUGGUGUCUCAUUGUCAACUGACAGAGAUGCUAUUAUGAGAGCAAUACAAUUAUAUGUAGGAGCUAAGAGCCAGAAUCACAACUUUGAGGCAUCACCUGUUGGUGCACCAAGUGCUCCCACUGAAGAACUGAGUGAGGAGCAGCAAUGUACCGGGGUGGUUACAACAAGCCAAGCUGAUGACACAGUACUAGAAGCAGAGUGUGUCAUUUGUAUGGAUGCUAAGAGUGAAGUAGUUUUUGUACCAUGUGGUCACAUGUGUUGUUGCCAGCCAUGUGCUAGCAAGGAGAUGGAGAGCUGUCCUAUGUGCAGAUCUACCAUAGAAAGGACCAUCAAAGUUAUGGUUGCGUGAUGACUCUUGAUUAUGAGGAGGCCCAAUGAAAAGAAUAAAAGGUGAUAAAGUGUUUAUGCAAGAUUUAUUUCCUUGUUUUUUCAGAGAUGUCCUUCAAUAUUGUAAGUUGUAAAAUUUAUCUAUAUUAUUUAUAUUUAUGACUUGUAUCAGUUAAUAUAAUGAGCCAUAAGCUCUUGCACAAUUAUGCUUGAAGUUUGCUCAGCAAUUAUUUUCAUUGUCCUAUUUUAUACCCAAUGUAAAAGGAAGGGUAAUAAGAACUUCAAAGAAACCAUAUUAUUUUGUUGUGAUGUUGUAUUUUCUAAUAUUUAUGUUAAGAAGAUGUAAACCACAUGAAAAGAAAGUAGGUACCUAGUCAUCGAAUCAAUUUAUGAGAGAUAACUAACUUGUAGCCCUAGUACUAGUUUGCAUUACGUUGAACGAAAAUGAAACGAGAGCGUAUGCGGCGCUCUGAUUGGCUGGCGCGAAGAAACAACCAAUCAGAGCGCCGAACACGCUCUUGUUCCAAUCUCGUUAAACGUAAAAUAAACUCGGUAUCUCUGUUCGCCUCUGUUUUGCAUAUUUGUUGAUAAAAUUAUCAGAUUGUAAGGCUUAUGUUGAUAAGCCACUUUCAACUGUUUUGAUAUUCUUUUAUAGAGUUUCUUUUAUAUUGAAAUGAUAAUAGAAUUAUUUGUUCAGUAAAAUACCUACAGUAAAAUGGUUCCUCUCGUAAUUUUAAACAAUAUUUUAACAAUUUUCAGUUUUAUUGUUUUCUUUCUUUUCAAGUAUGAACUUGGUAAAAAGAAACUACUGUUCUUGUAAAUAUGGUUAAAUAUUUUUCUGUUGUAAUUGUGUAAGAUCGCUUAGAAAACUUUUUAAGUAUCUUUUCAUGAUUAAAUCACAAUUCAUCAAUUAGACUAUUUUCUCUUCAUGUGGAAUUGUAAACUGUGAAUGGAAGUCGAUCUUGAAUUACUCCUUUGGGAGGAAUUCUACAUUGAAUGUGAUUUUAACUGGUGAUUAUUAUUUAAAUAUUUUUAUUAUAUUAUUUAAGAUAAAAAAAUUCGUUGUAAAACGCUGUUAUCGCCAUCUUGUGCUUUUUAAGGCAGGUACAGUUGAAAAAGCGCAGAAUGGACCAGUUUUGCAAGAAUUUUCUAUUAACUUUUUGUUAUUCACUUUUUAUCAAUAUUAUUCGACAGGUAUGUUUUGUUGUUAUAAUAAAAUAACGUUAAGCUUUUAGUGUUAUUCAUACGAAAAUAUUGUAUUGUUAUUCACAUAAAGAAGACUGGAUACACAAAUGCCUUUGUGUGCAUGGAAUUAACUUGUUAACGUAAUGUAAAUACUAGUCACUUUAAUUUUAUCAUCAAUUUGAUUCACAUUGGGUGUUGUGUGACAUAUAAAAAUGACUUGUCAAAAUGUCUUUUAAAAUAGAUGUUAAACAGCUGUGGCUGUGACUUCUAAUGAAAGUCAAUCUAAAAGAUUGUGCCUUCUAGUUGAUGCCAGUGUGUUGGCAUGGUUCUCAUCACUCUAUUGUAAGUCUGUUGCUCAAUUAGUGGCGCGAGAACCUCUCAUUAUAACAAGCCUUAUAAACUGUUAGUGUUGGCGCUUCUACUGUCAGUACUGGCUUUCUUCAAUAGAUUUUCGACCUCAUUACAAAACAAUAAAGUUAAAUGUCUGUUGAACGGUUAAUGUGUUGUCUGACUAUUGGAAGCAUCUCAUGUGAUGCUAAUUGAGCGAACAGACUAUACUAUAAUGUUCAUGCAAUGAACAAGUUAAAAAUAUUGAUGCUUUUAAAAAAAAACUUGCAAGGGCUGUGCCAAUUGGAUUUUGAGAAAAUAUCUAGUACUAGUAUAAUAUAUUUUCGAUUGUAUCUUUGUCCAUAAAACGCUCAUUUAUUCUUAAAUUAAGUCAUUACGUUAUACUAUCGUGACUUGAUUAUGUAAUCGAUUAUUAUAUCAGAAACGCUUUUUAUAUUAUUUAGUUUUAUUAGAAGUUAAUUUUUAAAGUUGUUCAUUAGCCAAAGCAUAAAUUAUAGAAUACAGUAAAACGAUUAUUCUUAAGUAAUACGAACACAGUAGGAAACUUACGGUACUGUAUCGUAGUUCGGUUGAAACGCCGUUACUGGCAAUAAUAACACGCGAAUAAAUAGAAGUAGAUACUCUGUAUAAGGUCAAUACUAAUAUAGAACGAGUUAGAUGUAAACUUCCAAUAAGCGGUAAAGACUAAUUAUUAUAUUAAACAAACUAACAUACUAGUUGUUUAUAAAGCUACGAAAACGUACGAAUUACUGCCUUUAGUUCUGAUUGAAAUAAAAUAUCUAUUUAUAUAAAAAAAUUGUCAUGCAGUGGAGAUAGAUAUUUAGAAAUUUAAAUAGAUAUUUUAUAUUAAGAACCUAAAUUAUUAAAUUAAGGUAUCACUCACAAGGAAUAGCAGGAAAUAAGAUAACUUGUGGUUAAAGUAUAUUGGAACAAUUUAAGACUACAUGAUAGCAAUAACAUUUAUAAAGUAAGAUUUGUUACAAUUACAAUAGUGCACCGAUAUUGGCAGUUAAGUCUAUCGAUAAGUUAAAUAAGCAUUGUUUUUUGACCUGCCCGAGCUUUUGUAUGGUCAACUGCACUCUAGUACAAAAUUGAUCAUUAUUGCUUUGUUUUAAAGAUGCUUUUUGAUCUAAUACUUACAUGACGUGCAGUUGGCUGUGUGUUACAUGUAUUUCGUGUUAUUAUAGUUGCAUCUUAUGGGUUAUACUGGUUUACAGCCUUACAGGUUAAGUCUACCUAUAUCUUUUAAAGAGUUGUUUCCAUAAAAGGUGUAAGUCGACUUACAACCCUGUACGUAACAAAGUAAUCAUAAAUUAUGCAUUAUUGUUAAUACUGCAAUUGAGUGCCCCAUCAGAUUUUCGAUAUGGCAAUUUUGAACGGAGAUGACAACACUGUAGGAGUUGAAGUUUUCCUAGCGCUAUGAAAACUUCUAGCGGUCGUCUUCGUUUCCUAUGAACUCGAUAGAUGGCGCUAACAUAAACUUUGAACAAAUACACGUCGACAUCUAUGCAAGCAGUACCUUUGAAGAGCUAGCUGACCAAAUAUUUAUUUUAUUUACACUUUGGUCAUAUCUAUUGUUUGCCAUAUUUUUUAUUCAUUUUAGUCGUAUAUGAGGAAAACACAUAGGGGCAAUGUCGUAUCAUACGUACGGUACGGUAACUGUUGCAAUAACGUCAUGUCGAUAUGACAAUGUUGAUCAUUUAUGUAACUUAUGUCCAAUAGUGUAAAAAAACUAUUAUGUAUUUAUUAUUGCAUAGUUUAAUUUUGAUGCCAUUAUAAAAUACAAUUUUAUUCACGUGAUCAGACUGAAGCUGAUGAUUAUUUUUAAGCACGAUACAAAUUAUUUUUUAGCUUGUAACUUUAAAUUAGUGGAGUAGUGUUAAAGUUGUAUCUAUAUAAAUAUUGUAUUUACCCACCUUUUCCAUUUUAUCUGUUUGUAUAAUUACUUGCUUUUAUGUGUUGUGUGAUAUUGCAACACACGAGUUAUUAUCAUUUUAUUUGUUGUUGUGGAGGUGUUGGCACGUGAUUGAUAUUUGACACCUGAUAUUCACGCGGAUACGUUUAUAUGCGAUCUGUGAAAUUAUUUUCCUACUUUUUGAAGUUAAUGAACACUUAUUUAUGAAAAUAUAUAAGUUAUAGCACAAAA